AUGACGGAGAACCAUACCCCUUCUACUACACAGGCGACAUUGCCAGCACCUGUUGCUGAAGCGCCGACUCAAACAACCCCAAAUCCCGCCUCAGUAACUGCGACUGCUGCCGCCGCCACUGCAGCGGUGAACAGCCCCUCUAUGAACGGCGCCGGCGAACAGUUGCCUUGCCAGUGGGUUGGAUGCACUGAAAAGUCGCCCACUGCCGAGUCUCUUUAUGAGCAUGUUUGUGAACGUCACGUUGGACGUAAAAGCACCAACAACCUCAACCUGACCUGCCAGUGGGGCACUUGCAACACCACAACAGUAAAGCGUGAUCAUAUCACCUCUCACAUCCGUGUUCAUGUGCCCCUUAAGCCUCACAAAUGUGACUUCUGCGGCAAGGCUUUCAAGCGCCCCCAAGAUCUGAAGAAGCAUGUCAAAACUCACGCAGACGAUUCCGAGAUUCGCUCCCCCGAACCGGGCAUGAAACAUCCUGAUAUGAUGUUCCCUCAAAACCCCAAGGGCUACGCUGCCGCCACACAUUACUUCGAGAACCCAAUCAACGGAAUCAAUGGCCAAUAUCCACACGCACCGCCCCCGCAAUACUACCAGCCACACCCCCCUCCUCAGGCCCCCAACCCACAUUCCUAUGGCAAUGUAUACUACGCCCUGAGCCAAGGACAAGAUGGGAACCACCCCUAUGACCGUAAGCGCGGAUAUGACGCGUUGAAUGAGUUUUUUGGUGACCUGAAGCGCCGCCAAUUCGACCCUAAUUCAUAUACUGCGGUCGGCCAGCGCCUACUGGGCCUGCAGGCUCUUCAGCUUCCCUUCCUCAAUGGUCCUGUGCCUGAAUACCAGCAAAUGCCUGCCUCUGUUGCGGUCGGUGGUGGUGGUGGUGGUGGUGGUGGUUACAGCCCUGGAGGUUCCCAGCCUCCUGGCUACCACCUUCCCCCCAUGUCCAAUGUUCGGACUAAGAACGAUUUGAUCAACAUCGAUCAGUUCCUCGAGCAAAUGCAGAACACUAUUUACGAAAGCGACGAGAAUGUGGCUGCUGCUGGCGUUGCCCAGCCCGGUGCGCAUUACCUCCCGCCAAGCCACGUUACCGCAACUUCAGCCCCCAUGUCGGCCCACUCCCCAUCGGUCGGCACCCCGGCUCUCACCCCACCUUCCAGUGCGCAGUCAUAUACUUCUAACCGCUCUCCCAUCUCCAUGCACCACUCCCACCGCGUGUCGCCUCCUCACGAGAGCGGCCCCGGUAUGUACCCCCGCUUGCCGUCGGCCACUGUCGCCGACAGCAUGAAUGCAGGCUACCCGACCGCCUCAGGUGCUGCACCACCCUCUACUCUGAGCGGCGCGUAUGACCACGACGACCGCCGCCGCUACACUGGCGGUACCUUGCAACGCGCCCGGCCGGCCGAGCGUGCUGUCGCCGAGGACCGCAUGGACAUCUCACAGGAUGGCAAGUAUGACGGCGAGCGCACUCCCAAGUCCGCUGCUCAUAUCUCAGAGAGCUUGAUUGACCCCGCUCUGUCGGGCACUGAUACCGAUCACGACGUAGUCAAGCGUACUGCGCAGGCAGCCACUGAAGUUGCCGAGCGGGAUGUCAACGUUGCCUGGGUUGAGAAGGUCCGCUUGCUCGAGAACCUGCGUCGUUUAGUUUCGGAACUGCUCGAGGCUGAUAGUCUUGCUGCUGGAUAUUCAGUGCAGUCCUUCUCGGCUUCUCCCACGCCAGGACUUGAUGCCAUGGAGGGUGUUGAGACUGCCACUCUACGUGCCGCUUCUGAACAGCCCAAGGAAGAGUCUAGCAAGUCAAGUGAGGGAGUCUUCUAUCCCACGUUACGUGGCUUAGACGAGGAUGAGGAUGGAGAUUCCAAAAUGCCCGAGUAA